UUGGCCAUGGCCAUCCCGUUCCUGCUCGUGCACGUCGUCUGGUGGACGGCGUUCAUCCGCUGGGACUCGUGGCACAAGUUCACGGACAAGGUGGGCCAGAUGCGCAAGUACAGGGACCCCAAUGGCACACCUCCUGUGGAUCUGCUCCGGGGCGACGUGCGGCCCUGGUACAUGUCGGUGACCAUGGUCUUCGGGUCCAUGGUCGCGGGCAUGACGUCCGAGGGCGGCGCGUCCGUCGCGUUCCCCGUGAUGACGCUCGCGAUGGACGUCAAGCCGCACGUCGCGAAGCAGUUCAGCUACAUGAUCCAAUCCGUGGGCAUGACGGCGGCGGCCUUCGUGAUCCUCUACAUGCAGGUGCGGGUCGAGUGGAAGUCGAUCACCUACUGCUCCGUCGGCGGCGUCGUCGGCCUCAUCUACGGCCUCGAGGAGAUCGCGCCGGUCCUGACGCCGCCCUACGCGAAGAUGUACUUCGUCGUCAUCUGGGGCUCCUUCGCGGCGUCGCUCUACUACCUGAACCGCAUCCACGGCCGGAAGGUCUACCUCGUGCUGGACCCGAAGCACAUCCCGGAGAUCUGGAAGUCCGCGGACCUGACGCCCUACUGGUGGGCGAACCUCGUGCUCAACUGGAAGGCGCUCGUCCUGCUGGCGGCGGGCUUCAUCGGGGGCAUCUUCACGUCCUUCGCGGGCUCGGGCAUCGACAUCUGCUCCUUCUCGGUGCUGACGCUCCUGUUCCGCGUCUCGGAGAAGACGGCGACGCCGACGUCCGUCGUGCUCAUGGCGAUCAACACGGUCAUCGCCAUGUGCUACUGCAAGUGGAUGAUGCGCGAGGGCCUCGAGGCGCUCGCCUGGGAUUUCUUCGCCGUGUGCGCGCCCAUCGUCGUCGUCGGCGCGCCGCUCGGGUCCGUCGUCGGCUCGCACGUGCACCGCCUCGUGCUCGCGACCUGCGUCUACGUGACGGACUUCGUGCAGCUCGUGGGCGCGCUCAUCGUCGUCCGGCCCUGGACGCACCGGAAGUGCCACAAGGACGGGCCCCGCGUCCAGCACGGCUCCGCGGGCCGCUGGCGCGGCACGAACUGCGAGCCGGUCCACCUCUGCUGGACGUCGGCCGUCCUCUUCGCCAGCGGCCUCGUCGCCUUCUACAUCUUCCAGCUCGUCGGCGAGAAGCUCAUGGAGCGCAACGCGCGCAUCGAGAAGGAGGUCCUCGGCGACCCGGACGACGUCGAGAAGGCCGCCGAGGCCCCGGCGGUCGCCGCCGUCGUCGGCGCGGAGCCCGCCGAGGGCGCCUUCCUAAAGGAGUCGUAG